UGAGUCCGGGGACACACAUAUUUUGUGUAGUGCUCGGCGGUGAAGCAACAGACGUGCGGACAGAAUGAAAAUCCUGCAGGACAUCAGGGCGAUGGUCUUACCCACUCAAGUGUGCGCUCUGCUGCCCUUCUUCGGUGGGGAGAAUGAGGAGAACUUUCGAUUGGGCAGAUGGGGCCGUUGGUAUGGCCGCCUGAUCGCUGCCCUGCUGCUGGUCAGCUCCGGGCUGCUGUGCCAGGAUGUGCUGUUCGCGUCGCAGGAGUACAAGUUGGUGGGCAGCUCGCUGGGCGACACGGAGGAGAUCAAUCGCACCAUCGAGACGCUCUUCUGCAUCUGCAGCUACACGAUGAUGGUGCUCUCCAGCGUGCACAACGCGACCAAGCACUGGAGCACCCUGCGGGACAUAGCGCGGAUCGACGAGUAUCUGGAGGUGAACGGCUUCAGGGAGAGCUACAGCUGUCGCCUGCUGGGUGCCCUGGUGGCUGUCAGCUCGACGAGCGUGGUGCUGGUGGCCUUCUAUUACGUGCACUUUCUGAGCGGCAUCGGGGCCAGGCGGCAGUGUGUCCUCAUGCUGGUCUACAGCCUGCAGAUGCUCUACUCGGGUGUGUUCGCCGUCUACCUGCGCACCAUCCUCAAGAAUCUGGCCCUGCGCAUCGAGUUCCUCAACCGGCGGCUGGACGAGUUCACGCGGCAGGAGAGGAGCAGAGAACGGACCGACCGCGAGAACUGGCGGGAGCUGAGCAAUCUGAUUGAGGUGCUCUGCAAAUUCCGCUACAUCACGGAGAACAUGAACUCCGUGGCCGGAGUGGGUCUGCUCUUCUACUUUGGCUUCUCCUUCUACACGGUCACCAAUCAGAGCUACCUGGCCUUCUCCACGCUGACCGCCAGGUCGUCAUCAUCCGACGAACAGUCGGCGGACAUUGUCGACACCAUGGGCCUGUCCUGUGCCUGGGUUCUGGCCGAGACUGUCACCAUGGCCGUCAUAUGCAGCUCCUGCGAUUGUCUGGCCUCGGAGGCCAAUACCACGUCCCAGAUCCUGGCCCGCGUCUAUGGCAAGAGCAAGGAGUUCCAGAACAUUAUCGACAAGUUCCUCACCAAAAGCAUCAAGCAGGAGGUUCAGUUUACCGCCUACGGCUUCUUCUCCAUUGACAACUCGACGCUUUUCAAAAUCUUCUCGGCCGUCACAACAUAUCUCGUCAUUUUGAUACAGUUCAAGCAGCUGGAGGACUCCAAAGUGGAGGAGGUGGGACUGUGA